GGCCAACUCCACCCUCACCAUUGUUGCACCGCACCUCGCUGCCUUGGUGUCUUCCAGAAUACUGCAACCGUUGCAUUAGUGGAACACUAGCCCUCGACUGCUUGCACCUCGUGCCAGCAAAACGCGCAAUUUAUCUUCGGCAGUACCCCGCUUAUCUGCGCCGCCGCAUUCCUAGAGCGACCAACGACGGUCACUGCUAGAAUUACCGGCCCUGUCUCCGACCGCUAAACACUUAUCAGGCACUAUCGCCCUUCCUGAGAAUUAAUUCAUCAAUAUGUCUCUUGCACGCGCAAUGACGAAGCGCAUGAAGCGAAGUGAGGAGCCCAAGGAGCCCACUUCGCCCACUCGCCCAACUCGCAGCCAGAGUGUCAAGAACGGCUCUUCCAUCGACCGUGCCAAAAUCUCUCUCCCUGUUGCUCUCGUGUCGACUACCAACAUGCUUUCGUACAACGCACCCGACAUCUCGAGCCUCAAGAAUGCAUCCUCCAUGGCCUCUCUAACCCAAACUUCCUCAGCAGACGACUCGGACCACAGUGUAUCUACACGCUCCCGUGCUUCUUCGCAUGCAUCCAGAGACACUACCUUGACGGAUGCUUCCUCUGUGGAUCUCUCGCCUAUUUCGCCAGUUCCAAACUACGCCGGCGGCUUCCCGUCUGGUGGCAAACCACUGAGGAAAUCUGCUUCAACCACCAGUCUCAAGCAGGUCAAGGAGGAAAUUAUCGAACCAGUUCCAACUAUCCCGGCGAGGGCCCUCUCGCACAGCAAACGUGCCCAUGAACGACUUGCUCACAAGCGAUCUCUCCAGAACGUGGGUACGCGGGGUAGCAUUAGCUCACGUGGAAGCGUGGGCUCAGUACGGAGCUCGCGCGAACAGCGAUCGUCACUCGACAUGUUCAAGGCCACGAUUGAAGAAGAGAGUCACCCUUUUGGCCGCGAACUCGAGCAGCUCAACGAGGUCGUCGAGGAGUUUGGCGGCGUAGUUCGCGACGCCGAGGCCGAAGCGGAUCGUUUCGCUAUGCUGUCAAGGAAUCUGGCCGCUUACUGUGCUGCGGACUAUCUUGUCGAGAUUCGCCCACUGUUCAGCCAACGGUUUGGUAUGCCACACCAAGCUCCUGCCAUGGCCUGGAUCUGAGACCACCACCGUCAACUCUCCACUUUCUUACCCCCCCGCGUCACUCCGAUCGCCUCUGUUGCUUGUUGCUUGAUACCUUAGACACUCACGGUCUCAUUUUGUCUGUACAUAUUAGCGGAUUUCCGGCCUAACCCCCGCACACUCAUUUGUCUA